AUGGCUCAGACGGUUGGAAGGAAUAUAGCAGCUCCAUUGCUGUUCCUUAACUUGAUUAUGUAUUUUAUUGUUGUGGGUUUUGCUAGUUGGUGUCUCAACCGCUUCAUCAAUGGCCAAACCAACCACCCAAGUUCCGUUCAUUUUAGAAAGGGGGGAGAAAAUGCGGUGGGGGGGAGAGUCUCGAAACUCGCAGGUGGCAACCACAUCAGAGCUUGGAGAAACGACAGCCUUGCUGCCGCAGCUGCCUUAUCACUCAUUGCUUGGGCCAUCACUGCUCUAGCCUUCGGGUUCGCUUGCAAGCAAAUAAACAUAGGAGGACAUAGAGGGUGGAGGCUGAGGGUGUUGGAGGCGUUUGUGAUAAUUCUGACUUUCACUCAGCUGAUGUAUGUUCUGUUGCUUCACGCCGGCACGUUCAGCAGCAAGUACGGCCCCGGCUACCGUGACACCGACUACGGCAUCAGAGAGCGCGGAGAAGAUCCGGGCCUCAAGGGUGGCACUGCAGCUCCCACCACUAGGGCGGUCUAGACAUAUACAUAUAAUAUCAUGUGCAUAUUAUGUAUGUAUGUCAUGCAUAAUGUGUAUGUGUCUUUGUUAUGUGUUUCUCUUAUGUUUUUCUUUGCAAGUUUGAAAGACAUGUAUAUGUCUUUGGUUGGCUUGUUUUGGCUGAUCAAUCCUUUUUCUAUUUGCCCUUUGGUUGG